AAGUCAAAAGCAUGGCGAUUUUGGGCAAUGGCGAUUGGCUGCGAAUCCCAUUGAUCCUGAAAGUUUGGGGAUUUGUGAUGAUAGCAGUCACCUGCUUUUACCUUGGGAAGCACUGGUCCGAUGGGUCCCAGCAGCUCCUCUUCUUCACCACCACGCGCCGAGCACCCUCCGCCGUCUCCGUCUCGCCCAAUCUAGACAAGCCUUUCAAUCUCUCCGCACUCAUAAACGAAACCCUAGCUCCACCUCCACUGCUUCCGCCUCCGCCUCCUCCGUCUCCGCCGCCUCGGCCUCCUCCGUCUCCGCCUCCUCCACCUCCUCCUUCUUUGCCGCCUCCGCCGCCGCCCGAUGUGGUCCGGAGGUUCGGGAUCGUCGACGAGAAUGGCACCAUGUCCAACGAGUUCGAGGUGGGGGAUUUUGAUCCCGAUGAGGUGGUGGAGAAUUGGGGCAGCGAGAACGGGACUGUGCCCGAGAGCGAACCGAGUAGGUCGGGUCGGGUUAGUGUGAAGAGGUUCGAGCUCUGCCCGAAGAGUAUGAGCGAGUACAUACCGUGUUUGGAUAAUGUGGAGGCGAUUAAGAGGCUGAAAUCGACGGCAAAAGGCGAGCGGUUCGAGCGGCAUUGCCCGGAGGCUGGUCGGGGUUUGAAUUGCUUGGUUCCUCCGCCCAAGAGUUACAAGACCCCAAUUCCAUGGCCUAAAAGCCGGGACGAGGUUUGGUACUUCAACGUACCUCAUACAAAAUUAGUGGAAGAUAAAGGGGGUCAGAACUGGAUUACCAGACAUAAGAACAAGUUUAAGUUUCCGGGAGGCGGUACACAGUUUAUACAUGGAGCAAAUGGUUACUUGACUGAUAUCUCUAAGGCGGUCCCUGAAAUCACCUUUGGACGGCAUAUACGAGUUGUUUUGGAUGUUGGAUGUGGCGUUGCGAGUUUUGGUGCGUAUCUGCUGUCGCGAGAUGUCCUUACCAUGUCAGUUGCACCUAAAGAUGUCCAUGAGAACCAGAUUCAAUUUGCUCUUGAACGUGGUGUGCCUGCCAUGGUAGCAGCAUUUGCAACUCACCGUUUGUUGUACCCGAGUCAGGCAUUUGACUUGAUACAUUGCUCACGUUGUAGGAUUAACUGGACUCGUGAUGAUGGCAUAUUGCUGCUUGAGGUUAAUAGGAUGCUCAGGGCAGGAGGAUACUUUGCUUGGGCAGCACAGCCAGUUUAUAAGCACAAAGACGUUCUAGAGGAGCAGUGGCAAGAGAUGCUUAACCUCACCAAGCGGCUUUGCUGGGAAUUGGUGUCGAAGCAAGGCUACGUUGCAAUAUGGAAAAAGCCGGUUAACAACAGCUGUUAUCUGAAUCGGGAUGAAGGAACCAAACCUCCAUUAUGUGAUCCAAGUGAUGACCCAGACAAAGUUUGGUAUGUUGAUCUGAAGUCAUGCAUUACAAGACUCCCUGAAAAUGGUUAUGGAGCAAAUGUCACAGCAUGGCCUGCGCGUUUGCAAACUCCCCCUGAUCGGCUUCAGAGCAUACAACUUGAUGCCUAUAUAUCCAGAAAGGAGCUCUUCAAAGCAGAAUCCAGAUAUAACGAUGAGUUAAUUGGAGGUUAUGUUCGUGGUUUAAAAUGGAAGAAGUUUAAAUUAAGAAACGUAAUGGACAUGAGAGCUGGCUUUGGAGGAUUUGCAGCGGCACUAAUUGAACAUGAUUUGAAUUGCUGGGUUAUGAAUGUGGUUCCUGUUAGUGGCCCCAACACCUUACCUGUUAUAUAUGACCGUGGACUCAUUGGAGUAAUGCAUGACUGGUGUGAACCAUUUGAUACAUACCCACGAACCUACGAUUUAUUGCAUGCAGGCGGUCUUUUUUCUAUUGAGAGAAAAAGAUGCGAUAUCUCUACAAUCAUGCUUGAGAUGGACCGGAUGCUAAGACCUGGUGGUCGUGUAUACAUCCGCGACUCUCUUUCUAUCAUGGAUGAACUUCAGGCGAUCGGAAAUGCCAUGGGUUGGCGCGUCAGUAUAAGAGACACAUCUGAGGGGCCUCAUGCAAGUUAUAGACUCUUUAUUGCCGAAAAACGCCUCUUGCAUGGUUGAAGCAUUGGGACAUGAUGACCAGAUUGUAUCUUACUAAUCUUCUAAAAGGGAAAAUGAGCAAACCAGAUUGUCAAACACCAUCGCUUGACGGUGCCAUGGACCGGUACUCAGAGAGAUUGAUAGAAUUCUUCAUGAUUUAUUUAUUCAAGAA